AUGCCGUCUCAAAUCUACAUCAGUAGUCGGGAUCCCAAAACUUCUGGGAAUGGUCCGCUUGCCGGAAUACGUAUGCUCAUUAAAGAUAAUAUUCAUUUGAAGGGCAUUAAGACAUCCGCUGGCAGUCUUGAAUUCUACAAUGCAAAUGGCCCUCAGAAAAAAACCGCUGAAUGUGUUCAGAUUUUGAUCGAUAAAGGCGCUGCUAUCCUUGGAAAAACAAAGAUGGCCCCUUUUUGGAAAUGGGAAGAGAGCGGCGCAUAUGGCGACUACGAAGCACCACUGAAUCCGAGAGCAGACCCGAAAAAAUCUCGUAGGGGCAAAAUUCCGGGAUGUGCUGCGGCUAUUACAAGCUACGAUUGUAUUGAUGCUGUUAUCAGUACCGACAGUAUGUAA